AGUGAAUUGAGAAUUAUCUUUGUUGUAAAAAGGAAUCUUAUUUUUGAAAAUCCCCUCCAACAACCGCUCUGGUCUAAUUUCUUAUUUCCAAUGUAAGGUAUUGUGUAUCAGAGAUCUAAACACCAGGAUUAACAUUGAAUGUCUUUGAUGGUCUGUGAACACUGUCAUGCUUAUAUGUGUGGGAUAAAUGCGUAGUUGUAGCAUCUUACGCUGAAAGAAGUCAAAUGGUUUAUUCAGCGGAUGGCCAUAAACUGGCUUAUGAAAAGCACGUAGGUCAAUGGUAAGGAAAGAUUUUAAGUUACUAUUGAGCUAGGCGGUAUUAAUGUGACAUUGAAUGUUUCAAGUAUUUAUCAGUAAUUGCAUUUAUUACGUUGUAUAGUUGAAUAUUUUCCUAUCAUAACGAAUUUUAGAUGCAUCCCAUUGAAGAUUUUGUGAAUUGUUUCAAUUUUUUACAAGAAUUGGGCCAAUACUUUCUAGAAGUAAAAGAAAUUGAAAUCAAGCAUGUUUUAUCUGAUUUAUUUGUCGAGAUUUUGUUGCCUGUUGCUGCAGUUGCGCGUCAAGAAGUAAAUAUCCCAGCUUUGAAAACAUUUGUGGAGAAUUUAUAUCCAACAAGUUUGGAAUUAGCUAGUAAGAAGAAGCAUGUCCCAGCAUUAUUCCCCUUGGUCACAUGUUUGCUUUGUGUUGGCACUAAACCAUUUUUCUUAAAUAAUUGGACCAAUUUCUUGUCUAUUUGCUUGAGUCAUCUUAAAAACCGAACUUCUAAAGUGGCUUUGGUCAGUUUACAGUCUCUGUCAUGCAUACUUUGGGUUUACAUUGUACGUAUCAAGGGAGAAAAACACACUGAAACGCAAAACAAAUUGCAUACAAUUAUUAACAGUCUGUUUCCUAAAAACCAGAAAAUCAUUUUACCGAAAGAUGCUCCAAUUAACAUAUUUGUUCGUAUUAUUCAAUUCAUUGCUCAUGAGAAACUUGAAUUUGCAAUGAAAGAAGUUAUCAUUGAUCGACUGGGAGUAAAUGGAUCACAGAAAGCCCUAGUCAUGCCUGAGAGAAUAAAUGUCGGAUUAUGCGCCUUCUUACUGAUAGCACAUGGUCUCCAACAGAAAGAAGGUGAACCUCCGAUGCCUCAGCAGUGCAUUGGUGCCGGUGGAGUUAGUAGCGGGUUUAGACAGGCUGUUAUUAAGCGCUCUUUUCACGGAACCAAUCUGAACGAAGCUUUAGGCUCUUUAUUAGGAAUACAAAGUUAUUUGGUACCUGUACGGAGAGCUUUUGAACUCAUUUUACGUCAGCUGGACACUCAGGUUUGUCGUACAAUGAUGUUGCCAAAACAAGAAGUAACUCAGAAAGAAUUUGACGAGCUAAUGACGGCGGAUCGCAAGCCAAAGUUGGAUUUAUUAAAGACAUGUGUCGCCUGUAUUCCUCGUCUGCUUCCUAUCGACAUGACUAAACAGGAAAUUUUGGAAAUUUUAGCUAAAGUUUGUUUACAUGUUGACGAAGAUGUACGGAAAAUGGCUCAACAGGCAAUGGCAAAUCUGAUAGUGGAACUACCAGCUUAUCGCGUUAAAACGAUUCAAGUUUUUAUACAGUUCAUUCAGAAGAAUGUUGCUGAUACAUCGUCUCACCAACUAGAUAGCUGCUUGAAAACCUUGUUUCAUUUACUGAAUAACUGGAAGUUGGCAUUGCAAAAGGAUGGAGCUGUCACUUCUAAUAUGGCAGAAAAAUCAGCUUUAUAUGAAGCUGAAGGAUUUGCCCUGGUCAUGCUAUGCAGCUGUCGUUUGAUAACAAGACGUUUAGCUGUUUACAUUCUCAGAAAAUGCCGAGCUCUAUUAAAUUUAAUCCAUUCAGCAACUUAUGAUCCAACUUUAAAACAGUCAAACGAUUUGCGAGAAAUGUGUUGUAUAGAUAUUCUUGAUCGUUCAGUUCCUUUGGUGUUAAACCGUCUUUUACCUAUACUACCUCUUAGUGAAAGGUCUGCUCUGUCUUCUGUGUCAAGUUUGGAUUUCUCUAUCCUCACAGAACGCUCUCAUCCCAUUUGGUUCAGUGGUAGUGUCGCUGCUGCUUAUUCACCAAUAGCACUACCAGCUAACUGCCUCACUAACAAUCAGUAUUCUAGUUUAAUAUCUGCCAAUGAUGUGCAGCAAAAUGAUCCUAGAUAUGGUGACUCACCAAAUCAUCAUGACCUAAAUCAGUCGAAUAACCAUAAUAACAAUGGCUCAUCAAGAGGAGAUUCUGUGGUUAUUAAUUCAAACGAGAAAUCUAGGCUAGAUGAUGCUUCUACACAGGAAACAUUCACAAAGAUUGUUAGACCCUCUAUCUCUGGAUUACUGGGAACAUCAAGACCUAUUGACUUCCACAAUCCACAGACUUCCAAAUUUGGUUCCUCUACAACGCCUAUCCAUAGAAGGCCAUCCCAGUACAACCAACAAGUUCAACACACUCAGCAAGCCUACAUAAUGCAGCCUACACAAGAACGAGUGGUUCUGACAGAUGUUUGGGGUACCUGUCUUUCUGUAGUAUUCAACCCGUCUAAUCUACCGGCGAACUGUCCCAUAGCUAUUAAGUUUGCUUGGUCUAUAUUGUUUCAGAGAAUUAGUGCUCUUUUCCCGUUAAUUGAUCCAAGCACACAAAUGGCGGAGAAUCGUGCAUCUUCAUUACUUCGCACCGCUAGUAAGAAGCCAGCGAAUGAACGUGAACAAUUCCUUCCUUUAUGGCACAAUUAUGUUGUUGUGGGCUGUUGUAUAGCACCAAGUUCUACUGGUCUACGCAUUUCAAAACCUGCAGAAACGUGCUAUCAGCCAGAAUUACAUUUGCAAAAGAAUUCACCGAUUCUUCGACAAAGUCGUAUGGUCUUCAUUGUCGCGACAAUUCCCGAUCGCCUACUCAACUUGAAGCAUUCAGCGUCCUAUGGUAAAGUGAACGCUCGAGAAUUAGUCAAGUUGUUAGUGCCAUUGCUGAGAUGUGAGCAACCUGAGAUACGGGAUUCAGCAAUCGGUGGUCUUGGUCGGAUAAAUCCAGCUGCUUUUAGAGAUGUCCUUGAAGAUUUGCAGCCACUGUUAAAAGAAUCCUUUGAUCGCAAACAAGAGAAUCUACGCCGUCGGCGUCGACGCGAUGGACUCAGAUCAGCCUUAAUUAAGAUUCUAUCUCUCAUGGCUCAGUCAGGUGUAUUUGCACACCAUGAGUCAAACGUCGUCACACCUCAAGGGUCCUUAAUACCCCAACUUCUGGAUUAUGUGGAUGGGAUGAGAAGCUACUUAGAAUCAGUUUCGGAUCAGUUGUCAAGUCCCCUUACUCAUGCACACACAUCUUCAGCAUCUUUAAAUAUCUUAGCUUCUAUACCCUCUGCUACUUCGUCCAGCAAUAGCGGUUCAGUGGUUAAUUCUUUGCCUACUCCUACAUCAACCGGACCUUCCUUACCUAUUCACUCAUCCGAGUCGUACCUAUUAAAUGAAAUCCGUCUUCACUUUUGUAUUUUCAUUAAGGAACUCAUUCGACAUCUUCCUAAGCGAAAUCGCACAAACUUGUUACCGCCUACAUUGAAGCAUCAGCUAUUCAUUUUACUAUCGCAUUGGAGUGCUCAUUACGACCAUGUUAUGGGGACUUACUUUGAAUCUGAAGGUCCCACGUCUACACAAUUUCGCCUUGCUGGUUCAGCUGUCGGCUUCAAUGAUCAUUCCUCUAGUUCGAAUUUCGCUGUUGGUUUGUCUCCAUCAAGUGAAAUAUCUCCGGGAUUUGUCGGACCUCAUCAUCAAUCAUCAAGUGACAAUUUCCCACCAUCUACUAAUGGUCUAGGCCUUAACAGUGUCGCACUAUCGGGAUCUGUGGAGUCUAGUGCUAAUUUAACCGUCCUUCCAAGCCAAAACUCUCACAGCCCUACAUUUCAACAGAAAGUAUCUAGUGGUGAACAAACUGAAGGAUCUGAAUCUUUAGAAUAUUGUUUAUGGAUCGAUUUAAUUUGGUUGUCUAACCAAGCUAUGGCAGCUUUAGUGUGUUGUGGCCCGAUAUACGACCGUUCUGGCUUGUUACCAAAUGAUAAUUCGAAAACUAACCAGGUAAUAUCGGGUGCAGGGUUUGACUCAUCAUCAAGUUCUUCAUAUGUGGAACGUUCAAAUGGUACUUCGUGCCUAAGUAUUUGCACUCCAAGCUCUGGUUAUGUACUUCGCUGGAUUUCUGGGCUUCUUGUUGCACGUGAUACUGCUCUUAGUUCAAGUCCCUGGUUAUGGUUCUGCCCUGUUACAGGACGUGGCCUUUUACACAAUACUUUAAAUCCUGGAGGUGCUUCGUUGUGUGGUAACAGUCAUACACGCUCUCGCAUAAUAGCAGCUGGCGGUGGUCGUCGACUAGAUUCUCUACUUCGUCAACUCGGGGAAGAAACUUUGGUUCUUCUCUUAGAUUUUAAUCCAGAUAACGCAGGUCUUUUCAACUGGGUGAUCGAUCAGUGUUACACUGCGUCAAACAUUUCGUUAUCUACAGCCUGUUUUGAAUGCAUUUGCCUUAUAAUGAGUAAUAUACCUGAUUUCGCUUGUGACCAUAUUGGUUUGAUCACAUUAUGUCUCGUUUUUGUUGGUCAUCCCUCAAGAUUUUUGAGUGACAGAGCCUUCUACUUACUACGAGUUCUUUACCAGCGUUUCUUCAUUGAACCUGGUGAAACUUUAUUCAUGCGAAUGCAUGGGGAUUCUGGGGAUUCUGAGAAGACGUGUUUGGGCAGCGAGAUGCCUCUUUCUCAGUCUUCCGCAACUACAUGUAAUCGAUUAGACUGUGAUUGUUCUCACUUGUGUACAUAUUUACGAGCGAAUAAAUUAUUUUAUCGUUCUUUUCACCAUUGGUCUCCAUGUGAAGUCGUUAGACAAUUUGCUGCUCAGCAUCCAGAUUAUACACUCACUAUUUUUUCGGAGGUUUCUAGACGUCUUGAAAAUGCUCGAGAGGGUUUGCGCGUUCCACUAUUACGUUUACUUUCACCUUGGCUUAUCAAUAUAGAACUGAUUGAUCUAAUUGAAGGUACUACAUUUGAUACAACAGAACAUAAUUUAGAUAUGGACGAUGAUUUUUCUGACAAUGAACCAUCUCCUAAUUCUUACGAAAAACCUGAUAAUGUUUCAGAUUUUACUGAAAUUCCCACAUGCAAAGCAAAUAAUGCUGGUUUACUUCUGGGUUCAGAGCAGCAACAACGUAACAAUUCCAGAAAGGAUAAUACAGAAUAUCGUAUUCGUUUAUCCAAGAAGUAUAAACGUUCGAAAAGUCUAUUGAAUGCCGAGUCAGUACGUGAUGAUAUUGAUGAGACGGAUGCAGAUUCGGAUAAUGUAAUUCAUCAUCGGAAUUUCAAAUCACUUUCAUUAUUGAGAAUGCGUGCACGACAAGCUCAGAUGAAUGAACAUGCAGGCAUGUAUAGUUUUCGUUCUUUCCGUCCUUCGAAUGCUUCUUAUGUUCAUUGCCGAAAUGGAUGUAAAUCGACGGGUUCAAUGAAUAAUACUGCACUAUGGUCAACUGUGCCUCCUACACUUCGGUCUAGAGGAUGGGGUUCAAAACAAGCUACUGAAUUCGUACUUACUAACUUAUUCUACUUGACGUUAAGACUCGCUGAUUGUCCAACUUCAUCAGAGGCUCUGAAACAACUCUGGGUUAUAUUAGUUCGUCAUCGGUCCUCAAAUCUACGCGUGAUUCUUCGUUAUCUUAUCAUAAUCACAUCUCUUGCGCCCUGUACAUUGUUGAUUCAUGUUAAACGCCUUCUCACGUAUCUGGCUUCUGAAAAUCCUGAAAAUGUUGUAGGAGAACUAAUGGUCGAGAUGCAAACUAUUGAUAGUAUUGGUCUAGUUGUUGAACCGGCUUCUAAUUUACCCUUCUUUCAUGUGAGUGCGUCUACUCAACAGCGUAAAUCUAAUGAGGAAAUGCUAACUUCUGAAGUCAAACCAUAUGUUUACCAUCAUUCUUCGUCUAAGUCCACUGAGGACCCUGCUAAGAAACCUUUUCUCAAUUCAGUAACCAGCCAAGACGUUAUUGGACAACCAGAUGCUGAAUUAAUCGCUUUAGGUUUGGAUAAUACACCUCGUUCAAAUACCACAGUACAAACACGUAGAUUGCGUAGUGCCGUAGGAGGAAGAUAUGAUUGCCGUAAUGUCAUUGGUACUUCGAAUACAAACGCUAUUCCUCCGACUAUUGGUAUGCGUCCAAAAUCAGCUACUUGUCAACCAUCUCUUAAUUCCGUCGGUAAAUCUGAUCAGACUACUGUUGAUGCAAAUAAGAAACAUUUCACUUCAACAUCAUCUUCAAAAAUUAUUCAUGAUAACCACAUUACUACUUCUUUAUCUUCAAAAACGGAGAAAAAUCAUGAUUUGCCAUCGACAUCUAAUUGUCAGUUAGUUGAAGAGAGUGACGGAGAACCAGAAAUCGAUGUUGAUUCAUUUGAAGGUCUUAAUAAGCGUGGACCGCCUUUUGAUGACAAAUAUGCUACUCUGCGUGCCAAAGAUAUCGCAAACUUAUUAACACCACCCAUUCCCAGAGAUUUUGAAUCAAGCGAUUCUGUUUCCGAUUGUGACGUUCCAAACUUAUCUCACCCUGAUGCAAUAUUCAACUCUCAGGACCGAUCUAUCUUUUCUACUACCUUACCGAACCAGGUAACUGAGGUGAAUCGUGCACAAAUGUCUAACCGAAUUUCGCGACCGCCCAAGUACUUAAAAGAAUACAGAGAAAGGCGAUUCAAAUGGUUCAGUAAUUCAAAAAGUGACACUGUUACGUCACUUGGAAUAGAUCCUCACCAACAUUCAGCUUCAUUGCCACCCAAUCUAACCGAUCUUCCUCCUUUGCCAUUACCACUUCCUACCAGCAUUUCUUCUAUACUAAGUCUUUCUUCAAAAGGAUCUACAGGACCCAACACUUGUAUUUUACCACUGAAUGUAUCCAAUACAGAUAAGAAGAAUGCUAUCAGUUCUGAUAAAACGGAUAUCAAACCUUCUGUUUCUGUUCGUAUGUGUACGUGUUCAAAUGUGCAAACAGGUCAUGCAGCCAGCCAAUCAUCAUUCGAUUUCAACCCUAAACCAUUACCUAUGCCUGUUAACGGGGGCUAUCAGGCUCCCCUUGGUUUAUGGUUAUCUGAACCUUUAGUCAUUAGUGGGUCAGUCGUUUUUAGCGGUAGUUGGCCUCCUGCUGGACCUAGGUCACCUUUGGUUCUUAUUUUGGCUGGCGGUUUAACUCACUCCAGGGAUAUCCGAAUGGAUUGGACUCAGCACAUACCCUUGAUGCUUUUGGGUGUUUUUCUAGGUAUUGAUCAUUGCCGGGCCCUCGUACAAGAAGAAUGUAAACAAUUACUUGUAUCCCUAUUAGACCAAGUUUGUCCACAUCAUGAUGCACUGCAUUUGUUACGACUAGAAUUGGAAGCCAAUCUUCGUCGCCUUGCUCAUCCUUCUGCUCUACCUGGUCCUCGAGUUCAGGAUUAUCGCCUGACUUUCGAUGGUGGACCAUAUCGUGAGAAAUUCAGCUUGGUUAUUGAUCCUUUUAUCCCAGAUCAAAGAGACAAUGUAUUUUCCUCACCUCUGAUUUCAAGCAGGGCUGUUAAAUGUGAAGAUAGUGAAAACUACAGAAAUAUAUCUUCUACUGAAAAUGAGGCAGCUUAUCAUACAACUUCACCUGAUCUAUUACCAUUAAAAGAUAUUGAUAUUAUAUCUCCAUUAGCUGCUAGUCCAUCUUCACCUAAUAGUAGUCCACCAAUUAUUGGGAAUUUUCAAACUCAUUCAACAACAUUGAUAAAACAUGGUCGUUUGAGUGACUCUACAUUUAGUCUCACUAGCACAGCAACUUUGAUUCCACGUCAUCAAGAAGUUAACACCUCUGAAUCAAUUUGUUAUAACGAUCAACCAGUGCAUAAUUCUAAUCAGAAUUCUGAUGUUUCAGAAAAGUAUCUAUCGCUCAGCAAAACACCUACAAAUGCUUUCGGGCCUACAUCCGUUUAUACUAAUUCACGAUCUUUGAAAACAGUCAAUCCAAACCGUAUUCAGUCCACUAAUGGUCAUUCUUUGAAAGCAGAAAAAACUAAAACAUUCAAAGAAUCUGAUUUAAAACUUUUAGAAGAAUCUAUUCAAAAACUUAAGUCUGUACUUUUGGAAUGUUCAGGACAAGCUUUAUGGACUUGGGAGGAUUUCAACCUACAACGUAAUCCAUCUAAUUCUACCAUGCAGUCUACUUACCAAUACGAAUUCAAUCAGUUUAUUACCAGUGAAAAAUCAGAAAUGAGAGAUUCUACAAUCAAAACAAAGAGCAGUAUGAAUUCACUUGAACAACUUGUUAAACUUGUCGCUCGUAUACUUGCUUUAUCGGAAGUUGGUUCAGAAGAGGCUGAAAAGUGUUUGCAGUGUCUACACGGUCCACCACAUGAUCAUAACAGACGAGGUAUAACUAACCAAGACGAUUAUAACAAGGAUACAAACUCUAAUUAUUCAAACUAUUGUUUGGUGGCGCGUUUAUCUCAGGCUGCUUUGAAUACCGGGUUAUCUUGUCCUAGUCGACACUAUGCCAGUCGUUCUUUACAAAUUCAUCGUGCUCUUGGAGCUCAUUUAGACAAAAAGUCUCUAUCACGCUUAUUAGCUAGAUUAGGUGAAACAGUGUCUGAUGGGAAUGAAGAAAUGCAGGGUUAUGUUGCUGAACUUCUUGUUACACAAGAAGCAGCUAUUCAUCACUUAAAAUUUAAAAGUGAUAGCCUAUUGGAACCUGUUUCCACCUUCAGUGUUGACCCUGCAUCUCCAACAUCUGGUUCAAUGAAUGGAAACGGACGUAAGUCUGUUCAAAACAUAGUUUCAGUGUCUGAUCGUCGUCAUUUUCAUCGUCAUUCUAAAUCUUCCUCUUUUAUUGGAAAUCGUUCAUGCCAUUUAAGCUCUGUAGUGCCAGUCAGUGAUCCACCUAUGUUGAAAUCAAGUCAAGCAACUACUCCAACCUUAGAAAACACAUCACCUACAUCAGUUGCAUCUACUUCUAGUCAUUUAACAAGGAAAUCUAUCGCAUCGAUGACAUCCACACCUAAGUUAAAUAGUUGUAGUAGUAAUAACAAAAGCAGUGUAUGCUUGUUAUCUGCGGGAGAGCGUGCUGACUUAGUUAUUGGGAUCUUUUGGACUGGAGUUUUGCUGUUGGAAUCAGAUUUUGAGCAUGAGUAUUUAGUUGGCUUAAAACUUUUGAGUCUUGUUAUUCCAAGCGUAUGUGCGUCGGAUUUGAACCAACUAUCAAUGGCGUAUGCUGAAUCGAAUGGCCCGAAAAUAAAUCUUAGCGACAGAGCUCAAAAAAUGCUUAGUCAGUUACAUUGGAACCCACAUUUUCCUGGGAUACUCAGUUUAGUUAUCAAAGGUUGUUCUUCACCAAAUCUAGUGGACCAAGCUUGCCGUUUACUCAUAAUAUUAAUCCCAUUCCUUACUCAUCCUUUGGUAGUACCGUAUGGACGUAUGGGUAUACCGAUUCAAAUAUCAUUUCCUAUUGUUUUGCUUACUCUAAUGCCAAUGUUAAUUACGGCAUGGGAUGAAGAUCCAUCUACAGCGGUUCCAAUCAAUCCGUAUGAUGCAAAUUCUGAACAAAUUAGCUUUCUACAAGGUGGCUUUCUAGGUCGGGGUGUUUGUGGAUCACUGAAUGUUAUCCCUCGAGCGCUUGGUUCAUGGACGUCGUGCUCUUAUACCCCACAUACUUCAUUUUCAAACUCAACUUCAAGUCUAGUAUCAAAUUUGAAAAUGAGAACGGAUAGUAUAGGACUUUUGGUAACUGUUCAUCAAAUGGCGUUUUCAGUCACAGGAAAUAAUAACCGUGAUGCAAAUUCAAUUCCUAAAUCACCUGUUCUACGGCCGAAAAAUCCCGUUUGCAUUCAGGCUGCUGAAUCACUUGCUCAAGCUGCACUAAAAAUAGAUCCAGUUCUGUUUAAUAAUUUAGCACUCAUACUUCGACUGUACGCCUGUGGUAAUUUUUCGAAGGAUGUUGAUCAGUGGAGUAAAUGUGUUAUAUGUUAUCUGUUAGAAGGUUGUGGAUCAAAUACACCACGUAUGCUGAAGCACAUUAAUAUGCUGUUAGUUUCUGGACCACCAUGUCUUCAGUUGCCUUUACUCAAAGUUGCCCAUUUGUUAUUACAACAAGCCGAUAUCAACCAAGCGGAUUUGGAGUUUUCGUUACAAAAUUUUAUUGCAUCAGUUGUCAGUCAGUUUCUUAGAACUAAUUUGUGGUCCUACGUGAUUCCGAUCUUGCAAGUCACUGUUUCCCGUUCAUCUGUGCUGACAUCUGUUCCAGAAACUCCUGCCUAUGCGUUACCUGGUUUGGAUCCUUCAGGAAGCGGUCGUAUUUUGGACUACGCAGUAGCAGCCGCAGCUGUGGCUGUCCCACUUCCGGAAAGUGAACCUCCUAGACUAGAACUUGCUGGUCCUGUCUUAGACUUUACCUUUGAUGUUUUUCAGGAAGCACCAUUACUAGCUCCUGAAUAUGCUCCGAACUCUUCUUCACAAAUAACUCCAGAAAACGCCCCAAAACUAGAUGGUACAGUCUGUGAUCUGCCUCCAUUGAAGGGAAACAAAAGAGAUUUUAACGAUGUCAGCGAUAUUGGGUUAGUUGAAACAUUUGUCUCAGCUUCUGGUACAUGGAAUAAACCAGGAACUGUCAGGUAUUUGUGA